ACUGACACACACACACACACACUCUCUCUCUCUCUCUCUCUGUGUUUGUCACAUUCUCUUUUUCCCGCGUCACUCCUUUGGAAUCCGAUGACGUCACCGAGGCUGCGGACGGAGCGAGAAACUUGAGGAACUUUUUUUUUCCCUGGAAAAAAAAACCGGGAAACCGAGAUAAACCGGGAGCAGGACCGAGUGUGUGAGGGACACCGAGAGAGAGAGAGAGAGAGAGCGACCGCGAGCCGGAGCGCGAGACCGGGACCGGGCGGCGGCAGGACUUGGUGAUGUCUGGCCCAACUUGGCUUCCUCCAAAGUGUAGCAGUAAUCUUCCUGAAAGCAGUCCCGCCCCGGUGCUGGGCACUCCCUCCGUCUCCGCAUCGACCAUUUACCGGGAGCAGCAGAGACUUGAACCCACCAGCAGUGCACUCAAAUCCAAGCAGAACCUGUACGUGCGAAAUGGCAAUCUGAAUGCAGGAGGGCCAGUACAAUACACAGCGCCGCUACCAGGACUUGAAUCGCAGACGUCUGCUGAAGGCUCUGGCUCGUUCCAGCCCUUGUCGACCAUGUCCGCUGAGCAUCGCUACCCCUCGGGGUCAGGCGCCAGGGAGGAGAGGAGUCCCAUGUCCUGGAGCCAGGCACAGCCACAGGUACCCCACGAGAUGCAGACAAGGCCCGUGGAGAAGCCUGUGAAUCGCCCCUCGAGUAUCGACGCUGAGAUUGACUCAUUGACCAGCAUGUUGGCUGAUAUGGAGAAUAACUCGCCGUUCCAACCCCGGCCAAGGCAGAAUUACGACAGCAGCGUUGCUCCAGGCAUGACUCCCUAUCCUUCCCAACCGGCCAACAUUCCACCCAAACAACUGCCCGCGUACAAACCCAUGGCUGAGCCGCCUGUUAGCAUGGCAGCCAAGGCGCCAGGGCAGCCUGAAGCCUUCUCCAGCUCCAGGCCAGUUGCCUACGGCAGCGCCUCCCACCCUCCAGCCUACAGCACCUCGGCGCACCCUGGGUUCUACAACACCGCCUCCGCGCCCCAGGCUGCGGCCUACACUCCGGCCUCCGCCCCCAGGCCGUACCCUCAGCCCGUGGCAGCUUCCUACACGACGGCCUCGACGUCCACGGGCCCCACCUUCAACGUGCAGGUCAAAGUGGCUCAGCCGGUGCCCAGUUACACGCAGCCUGGUCGCCAGGCUGAGCAAGCCUAUGGGCCCCCCCCACCACGACAGGUCUCCCCACCCUACUUCCAACAGCACCCCGAGCCGGCCUACCGAGCCCCCCAGCACAGGUACCCUGAGCUGUCGUAUGCUUCAGUCCCCGAGCCCCCGCAAGCCUCUCCCAACUGGUAUCCGCCCGCCCACUUUGGGGGAUCCCCCAGCCUCCCAGACACGUCCUACGGGCCAGAGGGAAUGUACGGGAACGCCAGGAAACCAGAGCACUCCCUCUACGGAGGAGGCUCCAAGUUGGCAGGCCAGCCAUACCAGCCGCCAGCCAAUAAGAAGGGCAGUUACAGUGAGGAGCUGCCCCCUCCGCCCCCACCACCUCCGCCAACCACCACCAGUCACCACCUGAAGGCACCUUGCCGACCUCCUGCAGGGGGUCAGGCACAAGUCAGCCGGCCAGAGGAAGAGCUCGAUCAGAUCACCAAGAAACUGGUCCAUGACAUGAACAAUCCACCAACUGAGGAGUACUUUGGGCGCUGUGCUCGCUGUGGGGAGAACGUGGUAGGAGACGGUACCGGCUGCAUUGCCAUGGACCAAGUCUUCCAUGUCGAGUGUUUUACCUGCUUGACCUGCUGCUGCCGGCUGAGGGGCCAGCCCUUCUAUGCUAUCGACAAGAAAUCUUACUGCGAGUCCUGUUACAUCAACACUCUGGAACAGUGUUCGGUUUGCUCCAAAGCCAUCAUGGACAGGAUCCUGCGAGCCAUGGGCCGUGCCUAUCACCCCCAGUGCUUCACCUGUGUCGUUUGUCACCGGUGUCUGGAUGGGAUCCCAUUCACUGUGGAUGCUACCAGCCAGAUCCACUGCAUUGAGGACUUCCACAUGAAGUUUGCCCCUCGCUGCUCUGUUUGUGCCAAGCCCAUCAUGCCUGAAGCAGGCCAGGAGGAGACAGUGAGGAUUGUGGCUCUUGAUCGCAGCUUCCAUGUGAACUGUUACAAGUGUGAGGAUUGUGGAUUUAUCCUGUCGUCGGAGGGCGAGGGCUGUGGCUGCUAUCCACUGGAUGGUCACAUCUUGUGCAAGACCUGCAGCUCACGGCGCAUUCAGGAUCUCUCUGCGAAAAUUACCACCGACUGUUGACAGCCCUGCUCGCUGUCCUCGCCUCUCCCGCCAGCAUCUGCGGGAUCGAAAGGCGUAUCAAGAGAGAAAUAUGGAGGCUGAGCAAGAGACAGUCUGUGCGUGUGUGAGAGAGAGAGAGAGCGCCUGAGUGUAUGUAAGAGAGAGAGAGUCUGAGAGCCUGUGCGUGUGUGAGAGAGAG